ACCGCUUCGGUGCAAUACCACAUGUCCACAGAUGAGCCGCACAGGUGCUCUCUGCUUCCACUCGCCAUUUAUCCGACACUCGCGGUACCGGCGAGUCACCUCGCGAGCGCACUCCCCGGGAACACACGUGUUUGCGAAAUAAUCGAGUACAAAAAAAAUCGACUAAAAGUGGGAGCCACUUAAAGUUUGAUUGAACAUCCCUAUUCAUCCCGAAAAUGCGCGCCACAUUCGAAAUUUGAAAUUAAAAUUCCAAGUGGUCUAUGGAAAAAAAUAUAAACAGUGGACUUUAUCAAUGUGAACAGAUUUUAAUUUGAUUUAAAUAUUAUCAUCAGUAAACAUCGCGAUGUAUUGUUCCUACAUUUAAGUGUUCACACGGUCUUCUGAAGAACGAAGCGUUAGUUGAAAAUCAAACCCUGCAAGAUGAAUGCAUAAGGUGGUGCUAGCGAUGCGGGUGGCGGGAGGGAGUGAGGAUGGCGGCGGCGGGGGGUAGCAUGGCCGCCACGCUGCUGCUUUUGCUCUCCACGGCUGCGGCCGGCGCGCGUCUUGGAGAGCUCGAGAGGCGUGACACCGGCGACAUCUUUACUAUUACUGGAGAUGAAUGCAGUCCGGCGCGAUGUGCAGAGCACGGGGCCGGCGCUCGCGCGCCUGCGCCGGGCGGUACCUGCGCGUGCGCGUGCCCGCAGCGCGCGCCGCUCUUUAGAGAGGACCGAGAACUUUGCGUCGAUGAUCUACCAGAAUGUUCGUUGGCUACAUUUGGAACAGGCAGCGCUGUGCAACGAAUACCGUUCGUUUAUUUGCCACUGAAAGGCCAGAUUAUACAUCCAUCAAGGGAGAUAACUUUUCAAGAUGUCAAAACACCAAUAUGUGCAGUAUCAGGCGCUCAAUUUCUUACAAGAAAAGGCUUUCUCGAUCUACGGAACACUUUGGACGCCGAUGUCCCUUUCAAUCUGUUUCGUGACGAAGGCAGAACAUUUCUACAGUGGAGCGGGGAGAAUGAUGUGCGUGCAAGAAUGACCGGGCGAGUAAUGGUGGUUCGAUUGCUGUGUCGUGAUGUCGCCGCGACUCCCACGUCACCGCUUGAUUUGCGAGGGGUGUUCACGCCUUGCGUCGCGUUCAGGGUACAAGGAACUCCGCCUAAACCGUAUUCCAACAUAACAGAAGUCCAAUUCGCACCAAACGCACAAACAUCAGGAUCGUCAAGUUCUGCAGGUCUGUCAGUCUCCGAGUAUGUGGCUAUCGGCAUCAGCUCCUUACUUCUCGGUCUCAUCUACGUUGCAUCAGUUUUCCUGUUCCUACACAUCCGAAAACGACGAAAAGCAAUGUCUGAUGAAGACGGAAACAGAAGAAAGGGUGUCAUAAAGAAAGAUGGUUCUAUUAUAACAGAACGAGACAUCGUUAGAGUGAACAACGAACGAAUUCAAGCACUUCCUAAUGCGAUGGGUCAAGACGAUGGAGUUAUUAAGAAAAAUCCAUUGUUGAACAUCAAUCGUCAACACCACGAAAAUAAGAACUUUACGAGUGAUUCGAGUAAUGUAUCAGAUUCAGACGAGUUCUGCGAUAGUGCUCGAAGCGAAGAUAAUUUAUAUAAUAACCAGACUACUGCGGCAGUAAUCCAUCAGCAUUACGGUGAUUUCAAAGUAAAUAAGAAUGAUAAUUCAGAAGUAAGUCAUCGAGACGAGUCGGGCAUUGAAAAGCUACCAGACGAACACGUGUCUAUUGUAGAAACACAAGAUGAUAGAGAAAUAGCGCGACCAGUUGGCACAACACGCAGGAAAUUGUACUUUAACCCAGCUUAUUUUGAACCACAACUAAUGGCGGAGCCACCAGCAGCAGCGUUAGAAUUCUUAGUCAAAAUCCGUGAAGUAAUCGCAAUAGCAAAACACAAAAUGGCAGCGAAACGAUUCCAACCAAGUUUGAACCAAAUACCAGAAGAAGAAACAUACCCUUCUAAUGGCAAUAGUUUAGACAUGUAUCAAGGAAUGGGAAGCCAAAGAAGUGGUAGUGUCAUCAGUUUAAAAAGAGAAAACAGCAGGAAGAAAAACUGCAUUGGCUGUCCAGGUUGUAAGACAGACGGUGAUGAUAUACACCAGAUAGCAAAGUACAAUAUCCCAGCCUGUGUUAACUGUCUUACCAAUAAAGGAGAUAAGCAAAAUAGUAUUCGAAAGUGGUUGGAAAAUAUUCCCACGGCAAAACAACACUCGUUGUACAACGAAUUUUUACCCACAAAUCAAAAUGGUUUGGCAGAAUCUCUUUUAUCGCUCCCUAUCAGUGAAAGUCGGCGGAAAGUGAGAAAGCAAAACAGUUUUACAAGUUCUAACUCGAUGUAUAUGACUGAUAGUUUUUCAGUACCCAAGAAAUCAUCAACGUUAUCUGUUAGAUCGGAACCUACGAUGCGAAAUUACAAUUUACCAUUACCUGACUUUGAAAACACGCAUGGACAAGGGAUAGACUUUAAUUUGUAUUGUCAAACAGUUGCUCGUGUUGAUGAUAUCAGACCUAUUGGUUUAGGUGAAUAUCGAACGGUGAGUCUUCGAACUGCCAUAGAAAAUGCAAGGAUUAUGAAACAAUUAUCUAAUAAAAAUGUUUUACCUGAUAUGGUAAAUGAAGCCAUAGCUCUUGAUCACUGUACAAAGUCUUACAAUCAGAGCAGCUCAGAUGAAGAGAGGAUAAGUAACAAAAAUUCCAACAGUCUAACUACUAACUUUAACUCGAGAAACACUUCUGAGAGCCCUUCUGGAAAUGAUUAUGAAACUGACAGUUUGGAAAGAAGCACAAACAAAAAAGGUUUAUCAACACCGACUGAAUAUCCUGAUGUACCGUCAUCACAGGCUAGCCCAAGUUUAAGUAAUGCGUUGCCACUUGAAGAAGAGCUCACAAUGAGAAACGCUGUAUACAAAGUUCAUUCUAGCAGCAACAGUAACACACCAUCCCCACAAGUCUGUAUUGAUCAAAAUCAUUAUGAAAUAAUAGAGAAAAAUCAACCCCCUCCAUUCGAACCUCCAAAAGCUAGUUUAGUUAGUGAAGUUUAUGUAAAUAAUACUUACAAUUUUGGGAGUACUCCAACGUCACCUAGUGGCUCUGAAUGUUCCAUGGGAAGUCGCAAAUUAGUUACAGCUGUUAACGAUGCGGAACCAAAACCGGGUUGCCUAACAAUUGAAGUUAAAGACCCUCCUGAAAAUUACAUAAAAAUUCACGAGUCAGAUGGUUUUGAGCCGGAUACUUUAGAUAGAAAGCAUCCUAAACAUAAAGACUCUGCAGAAACUACAUAUUUUAGUAGGAAAGAUCUAAUAAAUCAUAUUGAAAAUAAGGAUGUUUCGCCAAACCAACAUCGGAUACAACUCAGAAGUAGCGGCACGUUCCAGAAAACGAGCGACAAAGUGGAACAUCCGAAUAAAUUCAACAGCCUCAGACAUGAAUACGAGCCACGCAAAAAUGUAUAUGAGCGUCCGAAGUUAUCAGCCAAUAUUUACAGCGGUGCCAAAAGUCUUGAAGAAAGUACUGAUGACACUUGGCAGGAAGCUGAAGAAUGGACCACUGAAGAAGGGAGAAUAUUAACGUUAGAAUUGAGGCAUUCUAAAAGACAGAGGCAAAGCACACCUCCCACGAUAAAACAAUUGAAGAAUCUGGCUAGGCCCGACGUGUUACCACCCUUGCCGCCUGCGGACGAGGACCCAAUAUACGAGCAGCCAAUAUUUCCUCCCAGGAAAGUUGAGACCGAACUAAACGGAAUCGAUCCAAAAAAUGUGACUGGCAGAAGCCUCGAUCCGAGGAUAUUUACAAAGAAUAUGACUAUUGACUCCUCCCACGAUAGUUCUAUAACUCUUGAUUCGCAUUAUGGACCUUCCUGCAGUCCAUUGAGAGCUUCUGUCCAAUCACAAUCCUCGGAGUAUGAAAACAUGGAGUCCGUCAGAAGAGCGGGCGACAUGAGCAGGACUUUUGUUAGAAAACGUUCAGGUAGGGGUAACAAUGUCAACACAGAUACUUUUGUAAAAGGAGCUAAGAUAGAUGGACAUUCUAAAGCAAGGUUCCGAAGAAAGAAAGGUUUUAAUGUGCAAGACUCGGGAUAUUUGAGUAGUGACUCUACGUCUUCAAGACAAGUGCCUAGAAAACUAGUGGUUGCUAAAAUAGUGAGUUGUAGUGAAAGUGACGAUACUGAAAAUGAAGCUCGAAGUGAAUCCGGUGCUGAAAGUAUAGAGACACAUUCCGUUUACUUUGAUAGCUUUCGAAAGAUGCAAACUGAAGUAGAGGACAAUUUCAGUUAGAAAGUAAUUAUUUUAGAGUUUAUUGAAUGUUGAAGCUUUCUGAUGACUGUUUAAAAUGCAUUCCUAUUAAUAUAAGUUGUGGUGCAAUAAGAAUACUUAGGUAGACAAUGAACUUUGUGCAAUAUCAUGUGCAAUAAGUAAAACGUUUAAUAAUAUCGUUUAUUAAUAAUCUUAGAUUAAUAGUAUUUUAUGAAGAUUUUUAUAUUUUUGUACAUACUCUUCUACUUAACACUGUAUUAAAAAGAAAAUGCAAUAAGAUAAGUAUUAUGAACGUGUAUAACACGACAUAAAAUGCAAUACAAUAUUUCUUAAUUAACUAUAUUUUUAAUGUUAAAAUUACCUCUUACAAAUCGAUUUUACUUAAUUUAAGAAAACAAAAAAAUAGAAUAAUUAGUCAAUUAGAGAGGCCGGACGUGCAAUGCAAGAAUAGAGUUAGCAAGCAAUAUUAGUUUUAAUUUAUUUUUAUUUGUACAGUGUAUGAUUUUUUUUUUUAAAUUAGGAUAUUUUUGUCUCUGUAUAUAUGGCAAAGUGCGAAGAGUCAGGCAGCAAUGUUUAGCUUCCUAGUACCUGACAGUAUACAGUGAUCCAGAGAGGAUCGGCAAUGGAAUCAUCCUCUCCGUUGGUUUCCAGAGCACAAAUAUUUUGGUUGUGGCAUUAGACUUUAGUUGGGAACAAACGAUCGUGGGGCAUAAAAUGCUGACUUUUUGAGUAUAACAGUAGGAAUAUGAGGAAAAUAUUUUUUUCCAUAAUAAAAAAACAUGGUUUAAAAUUAAUUAAAAAUUAGUUUUGUCAAAAUUCCCUUCGUACUCUGCGAUUUAAAUUCUUACCUUUGUACAAGGCUCUUGUUUUUAAAAGACGGUUUUUUUUUUAAUAUUUUAUUUUUGCAUGGUGAAUAAUGACGUCAUAUUUUUAAACUAUUUUACUCAUUAUUUAGUCAGAUUGUUUGUUACCAACAGUCAGGGGUUUUAAGGUAAUGGGUUAUUUUUAUUCUAGUUGAACUUUUUAUUAUGUAAAAUUAGAAAGUAGCUGAUAAAAUGGUGCUAAGAAAACGCAAAAGGGGGAAACCGGGUACUUGUAGUUUUAAGUUUAACAUGUUUGUUUGAGAUUUGUAACGUUUGUACUUAUUUGGUGAGACAGCUUUCAAGAAUAAGUAGCAAUAAGCAGUUGUGUUUAUGUAAUUUAUUUUUCUACGCAAUCAAGGGGAAAAUUCUGUGCCUUAGUGAAAUAGGGAUAUAAAACUAUCCUAGGUCGCAAUAUAGUUCUAAACUGCCUGGAUAUGCAACUAUUUGUUUGAAAAUCUACACAUGCUGCUAUAUUCAUUUAUCGGUAUAAUUUGUACAGCAAUUGAACUUCUCAUAUUUCUUAAAUCGUGAUUGAAUUGGGAUAGUUGAAACGGUGACAUCUCUUUUCAAAUUGAUGUGGG